UCGAGCUCCACACAUCAGCUAAUUAUUAAGCUACAGCAACACGUACUGUCUUAAUUGCAUGCGUUUAGCUUAUUAAUUCUCUCGAGCUGAUGGAUCACAGGCUAAUCAAAUUGUUAAGUUUGUUAGCUACUUAGCUAGCUGCAUUACUCUGCAAGCUACGCGCCAAGCUAGGCACACAGAUGGCUACUUGGUCCAAGCCAUCUCUGAUCGCCGCGGUCAUCUUCCUCCUCGUCAGCCUCCUUAGCUCGGCGAGCGUCGCCAAUGGCGGCCGCAGCGGCGGCAGGAGGCUCGUCAGGAGCUACGACGAGCCGUGCAAGGAGAUGAGGCUCUACCUCCACGACAUCCUCUACGACUACAGCAACAGCACCUCCAACUCCACGUCGGCGGCGGCCACCAAGCCGACGGCGCUGAGCGCCGCCGUGUCCAACCCCGGCUUCUUCUUCGGCAGGAUGGUGGUGUUCAACGACCCGGUGACGGAGGGGAGGGCGCUGCCGCCGUCGCUGGAGGAGACGGUGGUGAGGGCGCAGGGGCUCUACCUCUACGACGGCAAGGUGGUGUUCGACGCGUGGUUCGCCUUCACCGUCGUGUUCAACUCCACGGCGCACCACGGCACGCUCAAUCUCAUGGGCGCCGACCCCAACACCGAGAUGAGGGACAUCUCCGUCGUGGGCGGCACCGGUGACUUCUUCAUGUCCCGCGGCGUCGCCACGCUCCGCACCGACGCCUUCGAGGGAUUCACCUACUUCCGGCUGCAGAUGGACAUCAAACUCUAUGAAUGCUACGUCUGAUAACUAAUUAAUCGAUGAUGUGGUGUUUAUUUAAAAGGAAUUUGUUUCUCGAUAUUAGUAUUUACUUGAUGACGAGUACCUGCAGUAUCUGUAUGCACCGAUGAGUGUGCAAAUAAAUGUAACCCAAACCCAUUUAUCUUUUUCCGACUCUCUGUGUGAACAAUGUAUACACCGCUUUAUUUUCGUUCAAUAAAGAUGUAGUACGUUCUUUCGUUAUACUAUAUA